AUGCUGUCUUUACUAGCUUUCGGCGGCCCACGCCGCUUCCUUUCGCUGACUGCGAUCUCUUUGCGAUUCGUGUCUCUCAACGACUCCGACCUAAGGCAUAUCCAGCACCUUCCGUCUCUCCAGAAGCUAUACCUCGUGUGCAAUGGGAUCGGAAACGAGGCAGUGUUCCUGUUGACGAGUCUACGACAUACUUUGACGAAUCUUGAGCUGGCGAUGAACCCACGCAUCGACGACGACGCUGUGCCGGUUCUGAUCAUAAUGGACAAACUGACGUACCUUGCGCUUGGAGAUACCGGAAUCACCAUGGUCGGCCUGAGACGCAUGGCGGCCGCCAUCACAGAGGAGAACCGCAUCGUCGACAUGGAGAUUCCGGCUUGCUGCAGCGAAUACAUCGACAACAUGCACAAUCUCUACAUCGUCUUCCCUACCGCUCCCCUGACUAUGGACCCAGACGCGUGCGAGUCCUUGACGGACGAGGCGCUCCGGCGUAAUCUCGCUGCGCAUGCGGAGGUAAAUCCGGAUAUCAUCGCUACCGGCACGCGCAAGGAGAUGGUCGGGAGGCUGAGGGCUUUGCUGGAGCUGCGCAGACAGGAUCUCGUCGUCAGCGAGCUGGUCAUCGGCGAGGAGGACGACGACAUGUGA